AUUAUAUAAAUGCUCACAGGAAAAUAAAUAGGAGAUUAUAAGCUUCUUGAAGAAUUAGGCAGGGGAUCUUUUGGUUGUGUAAAUAUUUAUUAAUAUUAAAUGAUUAUAGGUUUAUAAAUGCUAAAACAUGGUGGAUUAAUCUUAUCAUGCUAUAAAGAUUAUAUAAUUUCAAUCUUUAAGCAAUAGUGAAGGAAUAGUAGGAGAAUUAUUAAAAGAUGAGAUAAGUGUUCUUGCAAAAAUAGAAUCACCUAAUGUUUUAAGAUUAGAACAUUAUUUUCAAUCAAAAUCAAAUUGCUAUAUUUUAAUGGAGUAUUGUAAUGGUAAUUUAAUAAUAUUAAAAAAUGAAUAGGAGGUGAUUUGGAAAACUAUUGGGAGAAAUAAGGAAAAAAAAUAGAAGAACAAAAAGUUAUUGAUAUUAUAGUAUAAAUACUGAAUGGAUUAAGUGAAUUACAUAAAUUAAAUGUAAUUCAUAGAGAUAUUAAAUUGGCAAAUAUUUUAAUGCAUAAUGACUUAAUUAAAAUAGCUGAUCUUGGAUUCUGUAAACAAUUGUAAUACUAAGUUAUAUUUAAUUUUUUAAUUUAUAGUGUAUGGAAGUAAGUUUAUGUUUAGGUACACCAGGUACUAUGGCACCUGAAGUAGCUAGAUUUGAUAGUUAUGGUUUAUAAUCAGAUAUAUUUUCUAUUGGAUGUAUUUUUUAUUAGCUUUUAUUUGGUGAGUUACCUUUUGAAUACAUAAACACAUAAUAAUAUUUAGAAGCAAUUCAAUAAUGUAAUGUUUUUUAAUGAUUAUUUCAUAGAAAAUAUAAAUUUUAAUAAAAAUGGGGUUGUCAUCUAAGAAGAAAUCAAAGAUAUCAUUAUCAAAAUGUUGAAAGAAAAUCCAAAAGAAAGAUUAACAUUUCCAUAAUUAUAUUAAUAUCCACUAUUUAAAAGAAUUUAAAAAAUGUCUUAAGCCAGUCAAAUUGCUUUGAAAAGUGUGAGCAAAUAAGAAACUGCUAUAUUUUAUAAAGAUAUUUAUGAAAAUAAUCGAGAUGUUCAAAUACAAUAAAAAGGAAUGAAUACUUUAAAAUAAAAUGGAGAUAUAUUCAAAACUUAAACAGAAAAUCAAGGGGAAUAAGUUCAAUAUGUAGAUAAUCUACAAAAAGUCAAUACUGUCAUUCAUAAUUAAUAAGAAUAAGAAAAUGUUUCAAAAUUAGCAUAUGAAAUGAGAGCUACCCAUUAUUUAUCUCCAAAUUAAUAACCAUAUAAUAGUACUUUACAAUAACUUUAAGAAAGUGAAUAGAUCUUUAAAACAGUUAGAAAUUAAAAUGAUUCUCAUUAACUUCUUAAUAAUUAAUAGAAUACAUAUUUAGUUUAAUCAUUUCGUUUUAUUUAUGAUGCAUUGCAAUAUUGUGAUAGAACUUAUUUAGAAAUUGAUCAAAUUCAAUUUAAAAAUCAAAGUUAAGUAAUAUUAAUAUAAUAACAUAGUCAUGGAUUGGCAAAUUUAUGAUAUAAAAAAGAUUAAGAGUUGAAAGCAAAAAUUAUUUUUAGACAUUAUAAUAAUAUCCAUAUUUAAAUGAAUUGAGUCAAAUGUAAUAAGACUUUGAAACUUAUAUAUAAAAUCAAACUUUUAAUAAGUUACUUGAAUAGAUGUAUAUAUUUUUAUAAAUAAUAGAAAAAGUGAUCCAUAACUUCAAACUAGUUUAAGACAAGAAUAUAUUUAAGAAUUGAAGGAAGAACCAACAGGAACAUUUUAACUUUACUAUUGUUAAGCAUUAAUGGAAUUAUAUGCAUAAAUUAAAACUGAAAUAAAUAAAGAGACUGAAAAUAAAAAAAAGAAGGUUCUAGUAAUUUGUUUGCUUCAUAUACAAAGAUGCAUGCAUUUUCAAGAUUUAUCAACAUAUAAAAUUGAUUUUUAAGAAGAGUUUAUUAAUGUGAAAACGAUAAAUUUAAUAGACAUCAUAAAAAAAGUUUAAUAUUGA